CAGCGGAAGCGCGUUCACGUCUUGUGGCGCUACAGCAUUAUCAAAACACUGGAACACACCUCCAGCAAGACGUUUCAGAGCAAUUUAGAAUAUACAUAAACACAAAGUAAAAACAACAGUGGAUUAUUGUGCAACAAGGAUUUUUCUUUCUCGUAUCCAUUUGGAGCAGAAGUGCUUUUAUUUUUCUCUCCGUAUUUAUCUGGUGCCCUACACACCUUGUGCCUUUGAAAAAAAAAAUAAAAAUCAGCGGGGAUCAUCUGAGAGACACGGCUGUCCAGAGAGGGGAGGAGGACAAUGGAGGGGAUGCAGGCAUACGGAGCCGGGAAAGCCGGGGGAGCCUUCGACCCUGUCACCUUCCUCCAGCAACCCCAGACCAUUCUGCGCAUAGUAUCUUGGCUCUUCUCCAUCGUUAUAUUCGGCUGUAUCGCCAACGAAGGCUACAUCAAUCGCCCAAAUGAAGUGGAAGAGUUCUGCAUCUUUAACCGCAACCAAAAUGCCUGUAACUAUGGCGUGUUUAUGGGCUCCAUGGCUUUUCUCUGCUGUGUUGCCUUUCUGGCAUUGGAUGUCUACUUUCCUCAGAUCAGCAGCGUUAAAGAUAGAAAGAAGGCUGUCCUGGCUGAUGUUGGAGUUUCAGCAUUUUGGUCGUUCAUGUGGUUUGUGGGUUUCUGCUUUUUGGCCAACCAGUGGCAGAGGACCAAGCAGGAGGAUAACCCCCUGAGAGAGGGAGGUGACGCUGCCCGGGCAGCUAUCACCUUUUCCUUUUUCUCAAUCUUCACCUGGGCGGCGCAGUCAUUCCUCGCCUUUCAGAGAUACAAGCUAGGGGCCGACUCUGCCCUCUUCUCCCAGGACUACACCGAUCCCAGCCAGGAUGCAGCUGGAGCGCCCUACACGUCUUUUGGAGGGGACGACUUGGAGAGUCCAAGCAGCGGAGGGGGCCAGCCCAACAGCGAUGGGGCUUUCGACGGCACUGGUGGCUACCAGCGUCAAGACUACUAAAAUGUCAGGGUUCAGAUAUGUUCUGGGGAGAUUAUGUUGCCCAAAAAUGACCUUUUUAGGUAAUAUAUUUGUUGUUUCUGUCACGCUGAGAACCACUGCCUCAAACUACCCCUAAUUAUGAUCUUUAAUAACAUAUAAUAUAUUAAUGAUAUAUAUAUUACAUAUAGAUAUAUACUUAAAAUACUUGACACAGUUCUGAUGAAUUAUUUUUAAUGGAUUUGCAACCAUCCAUCACAGAGCAGUUUAAAGUUUACCUGGACAUGUUAGCUCUGAUAUUUUAGUAAUUUGCAGUAAAGUGUUAAAUUGUGAGAGGAGACCACCAGUAGCAAAUAUGACACUCAGAUCUGAGGGAUAUUUGGGAGAAGUUAACUUAAGGAUUUAAAUCUCUUCAUAACAGUUAAUUUUCUCCAAGUUGGAAGCUUAUAUCUUUAUAUUUGUUACCACCCCUGGUCAGGAUCCCCUCAAAAAAGCGUUAAAAAGUGCACUUUUUGUUGCAGUUCAGUCAGCUCUGAGAUGUUAUUUUGUUUUGGAUUUAUACCCUCCUUACUAUUCUAGUAAAAGUUUUUAUUUUAAUUGCAGUUAAUAUUUUAAGCUUUUUAUUAUUGCUCUGAUAGAAAACAUGGUGAAGAUUAGUCUGGCAUCGAUGUUGUUCUACAAUAAAGUCCCUAGUUGUUCACACUAGUGGAGAAGUUAGAUUUGAAUUCAUAUUUUUAUUUUUUAUCAUGGUUCCUCUGUCUGAAAGUUAUGUUUAUAUUUUUCAGGGGCCUGGUCAAAGUCGAAACUAGAAUCUAAUAAGGAAUCUGAAUAGUAAGCAAAACAUUAGGGUGAUGGCAGGGAGGCCUUCCAAGCCCUAGAUUUACAGCUCAUCAUAAAAAAAAAAAAAUCAGAAUACCGGCGGGAAAUAUGCAACAAUUAUAUCAACCGUUAUAACAAGAACGCUGUUGCUACUGCUAGGACAGUUCAUUGAUUGUCUUGGCAGGUAUAGAAAUAUACCUGCUGACACACCUGCCAUGCAUUUAAACAUUAAUGUAUUUUUUCUUUUUUAUUAAUGCUUCUUUUAAAAAGUUGUUAUUGUCCUUUUACCAGAAAUUCUGCUGAUUGCUUUCCUAUCAGGAAGAAGCUUUGGGUCUGAAUCUUUUACAUAUUGUGCAUAUCAUCCACAGAUUUUAGAGUGAAUCAGUUAAUUAGUCCUUCAGUUUGAUUAUUUAUUGGCUAAAUUGUGCGUUGAAUAAAAUGUUUCAUUAGGCUAAAGCUUUAAGCAAAUUGUCUCAUUUGCCCAAUUGCAGUUGCAGUCUUUUAAUGGAGAUUCUUCAGGGUAAAGGUGGAGGCAACUUUAAAUUUUAAAUUAAAGAUGUCCGUCAGCUUUGUUUUUAGGACAUUUAAAUAAUUUCUACAGAUGCAGUUUUAAAUUCAAUUUAAGGAAUUUAACGUUGGAUCAUUUAAAAAAAGAAAACCUACUAGAAAACAACUUUAGAGAUUUAAACUGAAAAUGCAAGUGGCUCUUGGGGGACCCCUGCUGGCUGGAGGCUCUAACAGCAAUAGUUUGAAUGCUUACAUGACAAGUUUACCCCCUAAAAAAAUGGGAAUAAUGAAGUAAAAACUGAGUAUAUUAAUAAUAACAAUAAAAAGAUUAAGGUGCAUUAAACUCAUUCAAAAAAAAAAAAAAAAAUAGAGGUCCAAUAAGUGGGCCACUGGUAAUUAAAAAAAAAGAAAAUUCUUACAAUGGGAUUUGUUUUCGCCUGAAUAAAUGUUCCCAUAAAAGGCUCUAUUUGUGUUCCUUUUUUUAAUAUCUCAGAGUAUUUUACUGCAGCAAAACAUGCAUUUAUUCAUGUCCUUCUUAGGGACAGGGGGGACAAAUAGGCGUUGAGGAUACUGUAGUCCAGAGUUUUAUCUUGAAGACUUACACUAGAUGUGUUUAUGGGUUUGGGAUAGAUUUGAGGACAAAUUUUUAUUUUAUUUUUUUUUUAGAAAAUGGGAGGAAUUUAGGAAACUAUGAUCCAAUUAAGUUGCAUUGUUUUCAUAUGAGACUGGCUGCCAGUCAGCACAGUAACUGCAGCCAGUGUUAGCUUUAAACAUCACUUGUCUCUGUGGGACCACCUGGAUCAUUUCAGGUUUAAUAAUUAAAGGAACAGAUUGAUGUUUGUGGAGAUACUUAUUUUAAUGCAGGAUACCAAUAUAGACAAAAAUAAUAUCUGUCACCCAAAAACCUUUCACCUUAAUUAAGCAGUGUUUCUCCGUGUGUCUGUACUGAAAUGUUUUUUUGUUUUCCUGUGUAUGUGAGACAUAUUUCUUCUCUGCUUUAUUUCAUUUUUGUUCAAUUCUUGCCUUAGUGCUGACUGCCAAGCAGGAUGCAGCCAUUGAAGGCGACACAUGGUGCAGCCAACAAACUACGCUACAUGUUUCAUUCCUGAUUUAUUUGUUUUGUGUUUAAAAAAAAAAAAAUCUAAUUUCAGGUAAUCACAUUUUGUGCUGCUUUUGUCAUGGAGUGCACAAAAUAACUGAACAAAAAUAAGCUUUUGUUAACAUUAUGCUGCAUUAUCAAUACAACACACUUCAGUUUGUUCAAGUGCCACAGAGAACUGUCUUAGGUUUAUCUGUCAUCUUUUCAUUUUUAGAUUCAACCAUGAACCUCCUGUGUAUUUAUGAACAUGCAUUGCUCUAUUUUCUUCAACGAUAAUGUAUACUUAUCGCUUUAUAAAUAUAUACAUAUAUGUAAAUUGCAAAUUCAUUAUAUUUCAGUGUUCGACGGAAAGAUUCUGCUUUAUUUUAGGGCAUUCUACUAGUUCAGUAUAAAAUAAGAAAAGACAAAAUAAAGAAGUUUUAUGGUCUGUUGAGUGUAUUUGUGAUGAGCUAUAUAAUGAGGCUUUCUAUGCCUCAUCUUUUAUGUUGUUUUCAAGAUAGGGAGAUGUUUUUAUUUUGGGAUAACAAUAUGAUAACUACUAAAACAAAACAAAAAGAUACUAAAGUAUAUUUACUCAUAUGUACUUUAUACCUCUGUGUAGUUAUAGAUGUGUGAUGUUUCCCUGUGAAAUGUGUUAAAUGGAGCAAGGUAAGAUUUCAGCAAAACACUGGGUUCCAAUGUAUGUUUUUUGAUGUAUCUGAUUUCAGUGAUGAAGAUGAAUAAAAUACUGAUAAAUAGA